CGUGUGCUGCUUCUGCAGCCAGCGAGAGAGGGAGAGGGAUGGAUAUUGGAGGAGGAAUUUGGGCUUAACAAGUGAUCGCUGCUGUCUAGGAUUUUCUUUUUCUGGGGAACCUUGACUUCCUUUCCCAAUCGUGCCCACCUGUGCUGAACUCCAGAGGAACCAGAAGUGUUGGGGUCUUCCUCGGGGCAGCCCUGAUCCCCACCCUGGGCUCCAGCAGCGAGGACUCUGUGCCCCCAGGCAACAGAACUUGUUCCGUGGAUAUUUUGCAGCUUCCACCUGCCGCACCGGAGUGAUUCCUUCUACCCCCAAGAACAUUCUUCCCCUCCUCCAGCUGUUGCAGCUUGAGGGGAAAGACAAACCGAGCGGGGGUUUUCUUUAUAUUUAUUUUUCACUCCGCCUGGGAACGGUGAAGUACUUCUUCUGCAUGAUUUUAGCUGAAGGAUGCUCUGCAUUUCCUUGAUUUCUAUGGAGACCUCAGAGCUGGGUUUGCUCCUGCUGACACCUCAUCUUGUACCUUCUCUACCUCCCAAGGUCUUUGCCUCUCUCAAUAGCUUGGCAUUGCCCCUGGGUCCAGGAAGCCUAUGAUGAACUUAAGGGGAGCACCUGGAGAAUCAUCCUGAUAGGCUUUGAGCAGCAAUGGCUGGACAUACUUCAAGCCACAUGUUAACAUGGGUCAAGCCAUCACUAGAAGGCAAGUGCUAAGACUAAAGGCUUAUUUGCAUUUUAUUUAAAUUUGAUGGACUGAGCUUUGGACAAUUUCCAUGGCAGAAAAAUAUAUUCCAUUUUCUAGGCACAACUGCUGGCUGUCAGACACUUGCUGCCUUUGAAUCUUGCAGCAUCAUCACCAACCACCCUAGACGUAUUUCCAAAUUUGAACAGCCACCCUGAAACAGGUGUUUGGGAGACCCCAACAUUUUCUGACUUAGGCCUGAGAGUGCUAGGUUGUUUAUCUAGACCAGCCAAGCUCCGGAGAGCAAUGUUGAAUCCCUGGGAACAGAGAGCAUGGGGCGUGCUGAUUUAAAAACAGAAAAUGCAAAGUUGGACUGAAAAUAUCCUUAGUCUUCCAAGCAAUCUGCUUAAGGGUUCCAAACUUACCUUCAUUUGGUGACAAAAGAAGCUGCCCUAUUUUUCUUUCUUCUUCUUCUUCUUCUACAACUGGAACCAGCCAUUUCCAAAAACCACCACCAUGGAGGUUGCAAUGGUGAGUGCGGAGAGCUCAGGGUGCAACAGUCACAUGCCUUAUGGUUACGCGGCCCAGGCUAGGGCACGGGAGCGGGAGAGGCUUGCUCACUCGAGGGCAGCUGCGGCAGCCGCCGUGGCAGCUGCCACAGCUGCUGUGGAGGGCAGUGGGGGUUCUGGAGGGAGCUCCCACCACCACCACCAGUCGCGUGGGGCCUGCACCUCCCAUGACCCUCAGGGCAGCCGGGGUAGUCGGAGGAGGAGGCGCCAGCGGCCUGAGAAGAGGAGAGUCCACCACCGCCAGAGCAGCUUUCCUCAUUGCUCCGACCUGAUGCCCAGUGGCUCUGAGGAGAAGAUUCUGAGGGAACUGAGUGAGGAAGAGGAAGAGGAGGAGGAGGAGGAGGAGGAGGAGGAAGAGGAAGGAAGGUUUUACUAUAGUGAGGAUGACCAUGGUGAUGAAUGUUCCUACACGGACCUGCUGCCCCAGGAUGACGGGGGCGGCGGUGGCUAUAGUUCAGUCCGCUACAGUGACUGUUGUGAACGUGUGGUGAUAAAUGUGUCGGGCCUGCGCUUUGAGACCCAGAUGAAGACUCUGGCCCAGUUUCCAGAGACUUUGUUGGGAGACCCUGAGAAGAGGACUCAGUACUUUGACCCUUUGCGUAAUGAGUAUUUUUUUGACAGAAACAGGCCUAGCUUUGAUGCCAUCUUAUAUUAUUACCAAUCAGGAGGCCGCCUCAAGAGGCCAGUCAAUGUCCCCUUUGAUAUCUUCACUGAGGAGGUGAAGUUCUAUCAGUUGGGAGAGGAGGCCCUGCUCAAGUUUCGGGAGGACGAGGGCUUUGUGAGAGAAGAGGAGGACAGGGCCUUGCCAGAGAAUGAAUUUAAAAAGCAGAUUUGGCUUCUGUUUGAGUAUCCGGAGAGUUCCAGUCCAGCAAGGGGCAUAGCCAUCGUCUCGGUCCUGGUCAUCUUAAUCUCCAUUGUCAUUUUCUGCCUGGAAACUUUACCUGAGUUUAGGGACGACAGGGAUCUCAUCAUGGCACUGAGUGCAGGCGGGCACAGUGGGUUGUUGAAUGACACCUCGGCACCCCACCUAGAGAACUCAGGGCACACCAUCUUCAACGACCCCUUCUUCAUUGUGGAGACAGUCUGUAUUGUUUGGUUUUCCUUCGAGUUUGUGGUUCGCUGCUUUGCUUGUCCCAGCCAAGCACUCUUCUUCAAAAACAUCAUGAACAUCAUUGACAUUGUAUCCAUUUUGCCUUACUUCAUCACCCUGGGCACUGAUCUGGCCCAGCAGCAGGGGGGUGGCAACGGUCAGCAGCAGCAGGCCAUGUCCUUCGCUAUCCUCAGGAUCAUCCGUCUGGUCCGAGUAUUCCGGAUCUUCAAACUCUCCAGGCAUUCCAAAGGCCUGCAGAUCCUGGGCCACACCCUCAGAGCCAGCAUGCGGGAGCUGGGACUUCUGAUCUUCUUCCUCUUCAUUGGGGUCAUCCUGUUUUCCAGUGCUGUGUAUUUCGCAGAGGCAGAUGAACCUACCACCCAUUUCCAAAGCAUCCCAGAUGCGUUUUGGUGGGCCGUGGUGACCAUGACAACUGUGGGCUAUGGGGACAUGAAGCCCAUCACUGUGGGGGGCAAGAUCGUGGGGUCCCUGUGUGCCAUUGCAGGUGUCUUAACCAUUGCUUUGCCAGUGCCAGUGAUUGUCUCUAACUUUAACUAUUUCUACCACAGAGAGACUGAGAAUGAGGAACAGACACAGCUGACACAGAACGCAGUCAGUUGCCCAUACCUCCCUUCUAAUUUGCUGAAGAAAUUCCGGAGCUCUACUUCUUCUUCCCUGGGGGACAAGUCAGAGUAUCUAGAGAUGGAAGAAGGAGUUAAGGAAUCUCUCUGUGCAAAGGAGGAGAAGUGUCAGGGAAAGGGGGACGACAGUGAGACAGAUAAAAACAACUGUUCUAAUGCGAAGGCUGUGGAGACUGAUGUGUGAAUCUUGUUCUCCACCUGCCACUGCCUCCCCCCCACCCCCAGCCCCAGUAUCUCCAAAUAUAUUUAUGCAUAGAGAGUGGAGUUAUGAAAAUGAAAUAUGCAAACGAAUCUAAUGCAUAUAGUAGUACACCAUUUAAUGGUUAUACGUGACAUAAUUGUUACUCAACUUGUAUUACAUAUCAAAUAAAUGAUACAUCUUGGAGAAGAGGGAGGCUAAAAUAGGAGCAAAUCUUAUCUUUAUAUUUUUUAUUAGAAUGCAAGAAUUUUGCACACUAACUGGAAAAGAUGUUAAAAGUAAAGGUGGUUCUGUGGAGAGAAGGUAUAUGUGUGUUUGUGUGUGUGUGUGUGUGUGUGCACGCGCACACGUGCUGCGUGCGUGUAUGUGCAAGUAAAUUGUCAACAUUGUUAGUAAUUGUGCAGUGAUGGGAAGAGUUGGCAUUUUGAAGUAUUUACUAUGUAAGAACUAAUGAAUUUGAGCAGUCAUUUAUCAGUGAUCUGAUAGCAUCUCAUGUCUUUGGAUUCCAUAGUUGUUUUUUUAAAAUUGUAAGAAUUACUGUGUAGGGGAAAAAAAAAGGAAAGUGAAUUAUUUAAUAGAAUAUAGGUCACAGUUUUAUCUUGGAUUUAAUUAAAGUUUAUUUUUAACUGGAAAUUAACUUUUAAAAAGGCUUCAGGGGCCUUUAGAAAUUGAUUAUAUUUUAUUAUUAAUUUGGGGGAAGAUAUGACAGCAAAUGCCUAACAAUAAUGGAAGAAGUGAAAUCGGAGAAAAUGUAACAAGUUUUGUUCACAGAUAACAGGACUGGAAUUUUUUUUUUCCUUUGCACUACUUUAUAUGAUGGAGAUUGAGAGAGACUUCCUACUGUGAGUGUUUACUAAUGUAACAGUUCAGUGACAAUCAUUGGAAGAAUGAUUUCUUAGUCUUAUUUUAUGUUCUCUUCUUUUCUUUGUGUGAGACUAAUGGCCACGCAGAUAACAGCACAUGGUUCCCUUCUUUUAAAAUCUAAAUAACUGAUCUGCAAAGGGACUCUGAAGUAAAAUUUAGCAACGGAAUCUUUUAGAAAUUGGACUGUGACAAUGAUGCUUCUGACACCAUACUAUUUUAAUUAUUCUUCUGCCUUUUAAAUGCGGAAUAAUUUAACCAAAGUUAAUGCAUGCACUGAAAGAAUUCUUGAAGAAAAUAAGAUGCCCAGCAGCUACAGUGAUUAUGGCUUAAGAGCUUUCUAUUAAAUGUGCAACGUAAAUGCUAGAUUUAUUAAGUUUAUUUCUUUGUGCAGCUGCAUAAAGGCACAGGGUGGGGAUUCACCUCAGAAUUUAGCAUUCCACUUGCUAAAAAUGAUACAAAGAAGGAUUGUGUCAAAACAUUUGGUUUCAAUAUCACCAUCGCUAUCAGUUUUGUAAAGGGAACUUGUGACACAUGUAACUGCACUUAAAUCAUGACAAGAUGUUCUAGAAUGUGAGGUAACAGCUAGUAAUCGGACUUACACUAGUAAGUCAUAAUGAGAUAUAGAGUAGCAAAUUUAGAAUGCAUAAGAGGCCUUAUUCUCUAAUGUUUCUUCAACAUCUAUUCUUUAUAAAAUGGUUGUCCUGAGGUUUGGGAAAAAUAUACUAUGUAGCACAUAAUGAACUCUGACAACUGUGAAUUAAAAAAAAAGAAAAAAGAAAGGAAGAAAAGAAUGAUCAAGAAUAGCUUUUCUCAAGCUUUUAAAUCCCAGGCCAUCAUUUGAUAAUAACAUAAAUCUUUAAUGAUAUUUGAAAUUCAAAAUAAAUCCAUGUUAGAUUUAAAAGCAAAGUUACACGCUUCUCCCCACCCCAUCCCCACCAGUUAAAGAAAAAUACCUUUCAAGAAUACCUGUUGGAGAAUGAAAGGCAGUAAGCGGGGGGAGUUGAUUGAAUGUUCUGACCAAAGAUCUCCAGUAGACAAUAGUGAAUGAUAAAACAAGGAUAUGCAAUCUUGUAAUAAGAUUUCAAAGACGUCAUUUUAAUAUAUUUUGGAUUUGAAGCAAAAAUAUAACAAACAGACUAGGAGUAAGGCUAUCUGGGUUGGUCACUAUUCAUUUGAAAAAGUCACCAUUAAUCUCCACACCCCAAUUUCCUCAUUAGUAAAAAAAGAAAAAAAGGGCACAUAAAGGCUUUCGUUACUUCAUAGAAUUGUUAUGGAAAGCAAAUAGCAUGUGAUAACUCAGAAAUGCCUAGUUCCAUAUAAAUGCCUGAUGUUAUGUCCACAUUGCUUAAUCUUCCUCUGGAAAGAGAAGAAUUAGAACCCCUGUGUUAUGGGGCACCAGGGUGGCUCAGUCCGCUGAGCUUGGGACCUUGGCACAGGCCAUGAUUUCCUGGUGCCUGAGUUCAGGCCCCUCAUGGACUCACUGAUGUCAGUGAGGAACCUGCUUUGGAUCCUCUGUCCUCCUCUCUCUGCUCCUCCCCCACUUGUGCUCUCUCAAAAAUAAACAAACAUUAAACAAAAGUUAAAAAAAAAAAAAAAAAAAAAAAAAAAAGAACCCAGGAGUUACAUCUGCUUUAUUAGGAUGUCGUGAAAAUCAUGGGUAAUUUCUUUAAUUUUGAGCUCCUUACAGGAAGUGGAUAUGCAGACAC